GGCCCGUAUCAAGGCGUACGGGCAGUCUGCUGUUCUGAGUCGAUCCAGAGAGCCUGAAUCCAGAGGACUGCGGCUGGCCCGCGGACGAGCCUGCAACCCAAGACAUCCGCGCCAAGCCACCAAGCGCCACCUCCGGCGAACCGCCCUCUAUCCACUCGCCCGCGCUCGCAGCUCGCUCCUCGCCACCACGAAAGAGAUGAUGCUGAUAGGGCCGCGGUUCCUCUCCUCCUCCUCACCGCCGUCCUCCACCCGCCACGAGACCCUCCUCCCCGCGCUCUCCACGCCUCCCGAACCAUGUCGAAUCCUCUCUUCCUACUCCCCCGACGGCCCGACCGCCCGCCGCGGCCGCACAGCUUCCUCCAGCAAGCGCCCGCCGCCCGACCUCCGCCGCCUCACCGCGCGCAUCGUGGACCUCACCCGCCGCAGGCAGCUCGACCAGGUCAUGGCAGAGGUGGAGGCGUCCAAGCGGCGCGCGCGCGCGGGCAGGGGCGGAGGGAUUAACAUCAUCGUGAUGAACGCCGUUCUCGAGGCCUGCGUGAGCUGCGGCGACGUCGACCUCGCUGUCCAGCUCUUCGAGGACAUGCGGGGGCCUAGGGGGUGCGGCGCCGACGGCGUUUCGUACGGCAUCCUGCUCAAGGGUCUGGGGAUAGCUAGAAGGAUUGAUGAAGCAUUCGAGAUACUGGAAUCAAUUGAGAAAGAUGCUUCUGUUGGGAGCCCCAAGCUCACCCCUCAUCUUAUUUGCGGUUUUCUCAAUGCCCUUAUUGAAGCAGGAGAUAUGCGGCGUGCCAAUGCACUUGUUGCCCGUUUUCGCCAAGUCCUUUACAAAGGCCACUCUGUCUUACUAUAUAACUUACUGAUGAAGGGAUACAUAAAAAGCAACUUCCCUCUAGGUGCUUUGACUGUUAAAGAUGAAAUAUUGCGUCAAGGGUUGAAGCCUGAUAGACUGACAUACAACACCAUCAUUUUUGCCUGCGUAAAAGCAUCGGAGAUUGAUAAGGCUUUCCGGUUUCUUGAAGAUAUGAAGGACGAAGCUAAAAGGGGUGAUAAUCCUGAACUCCUCCCGGAUGCUGUUACCUACACAACAUUACUUAAGGGUUUAGGAAAUAGCCAAGACCUUUAUUCAGUUUUGAAGAUUGUGGUGGAGAUGAAAUCAUCACUUAUUUCAAUUGAUAGGACUGCAUAUACUGCUAUGGCUGAUGCCUUUCUGGCUUGCGGGUCCAUUGACGGGGCCCUUUGCAUUUUUGGUGAGCUAAUCAAACAGGCUGGCAGCAACAACGACUUGAGGCCCAAACCUCAUCUUUAUCUUUCAAUCAUGAGAGCUUUUGCUUCUAUCGGUGAUUUUGAUAUGGUAAAGAGAUUGAACAAACGCAUGUGGCCUGAUUCAGUUGGAUCCAUUAGCUCUUCUGCUAAACAAGAGGCAGUCGAGUUGUUAAUGGAAGCUGCUAUCAAUAACAAUCAGAUAGAUGUGGCUAGACGACUCCUAAGAAGAAUAGUUAAUGAGAAAGUGUAUUUCUCUUGGACAAGCAGAGUAGGCCUGGUGGCACUUAAAGUUGAAACCCUAUCUGGAUUCACCAACUCUCCUCUUAGACCUCAUGUAUUUCCACAGAUUAUCUUGAAUGAUCCUGUUGAGAAAUACAUGAUUCCUUUUCACGAAAGUCGACCAUUAUGUGCUGACUUAAUCUUGGAGAAUGUUGUGAUGCGAUUCUGGAAAGACUCUGCAGUUCCUCUUGUGAAUGACUGGGGAAGUUGUGUCGGGAUCGUUCACAGCCAUGAUUGUACCAAGAUGGAUGCACCUCUUGUUUCAAUGGCGAGACCACCACUUUGCGUGCCUGCUUCAACCUCGCUCAAGCAUGUCAUAGAUCUCCUCCUUAGAGAGAAAUCCGAAAUGGUGGUUCUGGUGAAAAAUGGCAACAUGUACGAAGGUAGCUACACAUCCAGCUCGAGACCACUUGGAGUUUUCUCCCUCGCUUUCUUGUCCAAGUACGGCGCCAUGCAUGAGACAUCCAUGACAUCGGAGUCUCCAGGGUAACUCAACAAGGAUCUGGAUUCUGCAAUCGUGGGCUCGUGGCUGGGUAUGUAAUUAGUCUUGUGUUGUUUUCCAUGACUGGACAUUGAUGAUCUGAAUGAGAAGUCAUUUCAGCGCUGUCCAUUUCAACAGCGAGCAGAAAGUUUUGCCAUGGUAAAUUUUCCCGGCUGAUCCCAACGCCCUGCAUGAUGUAAUCUCUGAUACACACGGCAAAGUUGACCGUGGACCUGAAAUCAUAACCCGAUGUCUCUUGAUGAGGCGCCAAGAUGGUCUUCAUAAUCCUGCAUGUUUUA